CAGCACCACUGCGACUCAGCACCUGAGCAGGAAGACAGGCGGAUGUUGAUGUUUCUGUGGCGAGCACAGGUUCACACCACGGCUCACACGUGCACAUGUUCUGGUUCGGCAGCAGUCUGAUCUGGUCUGAUCUGACGAAGACGCGAUGUCUGCGGCGCUGGUCAGGAGAGGUCUGGAGCUGCUCAGCGCAGAUGUCUCCGGUACUGAGGCGCCACACAAUGGACCAGAUGGGAAAAAGAAGAAGACCAAACAGAAGGCCAGCGGGUCCAAGAGGUCCUCCAGAGUGCCCCCUCCUGGCCACCACAGAGGCUCAGCCAAAGGGCGCAAGAUGAGGAGCGCUCUGGAGGAGGCCAGCAGGGGGCAGCAGAAAGAGCACACCGCAGUGACUCUUCAGUACUUCCUACACAGUGGCAGCUCUGGCUCUGAAGACCAGACUGCAAAGAUUAUCCGGCAGAAUUCAGGAAGGCAGUCCAAGAACAGUGUGGGGGCCCCUGCACAGAGGCCCCAGGAGCCCAAGAGCGUCUUCACUGAGGAGGAGUUUCAGCAGUUCCAGAAGGAGUACUUUGGGAGGACUGUGGAGGAGCAGUGACCCUGAACAGCUGUAGGGGGCACAAUGUGGGACAUAUGUAGUCCUCUUCAGUCGCAGACUUCCCUCCUGUUCUAUGGCAGCAUUUGUGCAGAAGGUCUGUGGACUGUGAAAGACCAGGACCUGCAUGAAGAAGAACCUGUCUGACCUACAGGCAUGUGCUGAAAUCCAGUUGGUUUAAACAUAAAAGGACCGUGUCCUUUACCUGCAGGUUAAGGCAACUCGUAACUCACAUCAGAGCAAAGGCUACAUAUGGCUCCUUUGAAUGAGACGACAUACGACUCCUUUAAAGGAGUCUACAUGCGGCUCCUUUAAAGGUGCACUAUGUAACUUUCUGCUCGAGGCUCUGUCACAUGAUUGAUUACAUGUUAAUGUUAUUGCUUUAAUGUUUCUCAGUAUGGCAUUAGUCUUAUUAUCUCCAAAAGAUGGCAUAAGUUUAAGUUACCAAGUAAGAUCUGUGGAGAGGUGACCUGUAUAAAACAUCUGUAAUUGGAAAGAUAAAUGAAAGAGAAGUCCAGAAAAGGCACCAGCAUCUCUAUGGAGACGGCAGGUGUACCCUCCACGAGAGAAGUUACAAAGUGCAUCUUUAUGAAUGUAUUGUUGUGUAACACAGAAACAAAUGUUUGUCAUGGCGGUUUGGAAUAUUUAAGGAACUAUAUGUAGCCUGUGCUAAUAUAGUUUAGUUUUUAAGGAACUAUCUACUAUCAACAAUAAACCUUUGUUACCAGAGCUUCACCUGCAGAUAGAGCCACAUCCAAGUGUGUCUCAUUCUCAGUUUAUGGUCAGGCCUCAUGUAAAAACUCAGAAUCUCCUGAAUUCCCUCCCUGAGCUGCAGAGGCUGCACUAGCACUGACUCAUGACAGGUGCAGGUACUGGGUUUAGGGACAGACCGUUCAGAUCAGAGUGAGGUGUUUUAGGUUUAAACACACUGAAUUUCAGCCUUGAAACUGGUAACACAAAUAAGAGACUCAGGUGACGCCUUCUAAAAUGUAUUUUUUGCCAUUUGGAAAAACAAUAAAAUGAUAGAUUUUAUUUGUA